AUGGAUAUCUUUGGUCCAGUAUCAAACUCGAACUCGGAUACGAAAAGAUACAUGUUUAUUAUGGUUGAUGAAAGUACAAGAUAUUGCAUCACCUCCACACAUUUUAACAGAAAUGCUGAAACUAUCUUAGCACAGAUCAAGAAGAAUAUUCAGUACGUGGAAUCUCAAUUUGACAGAAAAGUCAAAGAAAUCAAUUCAGAUCAAGGAAAUGAAUUUACAAAUGAUCAGAUAGAAAAACAUCUUGUUUCAAAAGGAAUACGUCAUAUAUUUUCCGCUUCACAAGAUCAUGCUGCCAACGGAAGAGCAGAAAGAUACAUCAGAACCAUCGUUACUGAUGCAACAACCUUGUUAAAACAUAGUAACUUACGUAUUAAAUUUUGGGAAUACGCAGUAACAUCUACUACCAAUGUACGAAAUUGUUUAGAAGACGAGACCACAGGUCAACUACCAUUAAAGGCGAUCUCUAGUCAACCUGUUAAAGUGAGAUUCAUGUCCUUCUUACCCUUCGGAGAACAAGGAAUAAUUUGGAAUCAUAAUCACAACAAACUAAAACCAUCAGGACUUAGUGCUAUAAUAUUAUGCAAAGAUCCUAAUAGUCAUGGAUACAAAUUUUUUGUACCAUCUAUUAAAAAAGUUGUCACUUCAGAUAAUUACACAAUUCCAGACUAUGCAGUGGAUUCAAUAUUAGGGAACACACAGAACAUAUACCUAGAUGAUCAAAGUAGAUCAGAUAUUUUCAAUGAAGCAGAAAACUCAGAUGCUGUUUCAAGGUUAUAUGAUGCAUUCGAAAAUUACGAAGAUGAUCAUAAACAGGUUACACUACUCACAGACUUGUUUACCACAGAAGAAUUAGCUCAGAUCGAAGUUAAUGCUAAAUAUUCAUCUCCUAGUGAUAAUCUAUAA